CUUCAACAUUUAUUAGUGUUACACUCAAGGUUCAGAGACAAGUUACCAACGAUUCUUUGUUUGAAACGACGGCAACUCCCAUGCAAAUCUGCCAAUACAAAUAUGAGUUAAUGCGGUGACAACUAGCACCAGUGGUAUCUCAGUAUGACAAGUCCAGCGGAAGCUCCCCUGCUAUCGCAUCAGGAGGACGAACUAGAAGAGGAAGUGCGCUCAGAUGGUGAGGAUGCGAUAAUCGAAUGGCCUGCUGGUCGCCCGGGCGUUUUUAUAUGGCUCUUGACUCUGUCCGCUUGUAUUAGCGGGCUCCUGUUCGGAUAUGAUACGGGAGUAAUUUCGGCUACGUUGGUUUCGAUAGGCACCUCGCUGUCCGGGAGGAUGUUAAACUCGCUCGAUAAAUCUCUCAUCACGUCAUGCACCGCGCUAUUCGCCCUCAUCUUGUCCCCGAUCUCGUCCAUCCUUGCUGAUUACUUCGGUCGAAAACCCGUUAUACUACUGUCGGAUCUGCUCUUUGUAAUCGGAGCUGUGGUUCAGUCUAUGAGCUUCACUGUGUCGGGCAUGGUCCUUGGACGGUCGAUAGUCGGAGCCGCCGUAGGUGCUGCGAGCUUUGUAACGCCGUUAUACAUUGCUGAGCUAGCUCCGCCGGCUUACCGUGGUAUGCUCGUAACGAUGAACGUACUAUCCAUCACUGCCGGACAAGUUGUAGCUUACGUUAUUGGAUGGAUGUUUGCUGAGCAUGGCGAUCCCUCUACGGGAUGGAGAUGGAUGGUCGGCUUAGGGGCUCUGCCCGCUGCACUGCAAUGUCUUCUCCUAUUAUUCAUGCCUGAUACUCCCCGCUGGCUAGUAAAAGUAGGGAAGUCAGCCGAUGCUCGGCGCGUUAUCGAAAAGACGCUAGGAUACGAUCCCGCUUCUCGCCGAUUAAUUGACAGCGUUGUGAAAGAUAUUGAGAUGGAGCUUAGGGAAGAGCAGGGGAAUUUAGCAUUGGCCAAUAAUGGAGGCUGGAAUAGUAGUACAUGGCUUAAGGGGUGGCAUGAGCUUCUUAAUGUGUCAAAAAACCGACGGGCGCUGAUUAUCGCCUGCUUACUUCAGGGGUUACAACAGCUUUGCGGUUUUAACUCAUUGAUGUAUUUCUCUGCCACAAUUUUCACUAUGUUGGGAUUCUCGGUCCCGACGCUCACAUCGCUGACAGUCGCCGCCACAAACUUCGUUUUUACCGUAUUUGCACUACUUUCAAUCGACCGCAUCGGCCGUAGACGGAUCUUGUUAUACUCAUUACCUUUCAUGGUAAUCGGCCUUUUCCUAUCAGCAUUUGGUUUCAGCUUGCUUAAAAUACCGUCUGGCGAUACUAAUGUCGGUGGCGAUGCACCUGUCACCGACGCCGCUUCGAUAUCUUCGCGAGGUGCUGCUAUUGUUAUUCUAGUAAGUAUCAUGACGUACGUUGCGGCUUACGCUCUGGGACUUGGUAAUGUCCCAUGGAUGCAAAGCGAACUCUUCCCGCUUAACGUACGCUCACUUGGUAGUGGACUAGCGACAGCUACGAACUGGUUGGCCAAUUUUAUCGUUGGGUUGACAUUUUUGCCAUUGAUGGACCUGUUAACUCCUUCGAUAACGUUCGGUUUAUACGGCAUCGUUUGCGCUAUUGGUUGGUGUGCUGUCUGGAAGAUAUAUCCGGAAACGGCGGGAUUGACUCUCGAAGAAGCCACUUGUUUGUUAGAAAACGGCUGGGGCGUAAAAUAACCGCGGCCUGUAGUUUUCCGUACUAAAAGGGCGUGAAAUCUUUAAAUGAUUACGCUCCUGUCGGAAAAGCGAUUUCGGUGUAACGCGGCUAUGCAAAUGACCGAUCCUAUGCACGAGAUAGGAUAGCGCAAGCUUACGCCGUACGUCCCGUCCUCGUGGUAAAGUUAAGGUUGCAUGGACGUGCUGCUAGGUAUCUAUUAAUGUGCAACCGCAGUCAGCCCUAGCUUGCGCUCCACCUGACGUUAGGAUUAGUUAAGCCGUACGGUGGCUUAUCACCGCUAACACCAUCUCCGAGUCACCGUCCGAAUCGGCACGGCCGUGGAGAAAGGAUGUCGUUCGAACCGGGUUUACAAACACACCGAUCCAUUGCAUACUAUGUAAUUGGUCUGACAAAUCGAAGUGAGUGGAUCGUCUCAAAAUUAUGCACGAGUAAGCGCAGUGGCAUGUGUAGUGUAUGUAUGUAUGUACAUCGGAAUUAUACUAACCGACACGGUGGUGUGAUGGGCACCAAACUAUUACUUACUUACGUCUAGCGAAUUACCCACCCGGAAAGAGAGCCGCAGCGUUGACCGUAGUGUACAGGUCUCUAUGUAGGAUGAUAAUUAGUAGCACGAGCGCUAAGUGGAGAUAUAUAACCCAACAUGGCUAGUACGUAGCUUUGCAUAC